AUGGUGGUGUUGUUGCUGUUGGCGAUAACUGUCUCCACACUUUUGGGAAACACCGUUGACGGCGGUAACCACCCAAAACCACAACACAGUUUGUGUGAGCACAUCAUUCUCUCCGCCAGCUACCAGUGCUCCCAACAUAUGAUUCAAACGAAGAAUGGUUCCUUGUUGGGUCUUCAGCGCGUGUCUUCUUCUUCUUCUUCCCUUCGUCUCGGGAAUGACGGAGAACGAGGUCCUCCGCUUCUGUUUCUGCAUGGCUUAUUCAUGGAUGAGGCUGGCGAUGCAUGGUUUGAAAAUACUCGGCAGAAAUCACUUGGCUUCAUACUUGCAGAUCAUGGUUUUGAUGUUUGGGUAGGAAACGUGCGUGGAACACGCUGGAGUCAUGUCCCAAUAUCUUUAUUAGAGAAAAAUAAGGAAUUAGCCCUGUAUGAUCUUUCAGAAAUGAUCAAAUACAUUAAUUCAGUGACAAACUCAAAGCUAUUUGUGCUCGAGCAUUCACAGGAAACAAUUUUGUCUUUUGCUGCCUUCAAACAUUCGGAGAUAAUCGGAAAGGUGGAAGGUGCAACCCUUCUAUCUCCAAUACCCUCCUUGGAUACGGUAUAA